AUUGAGAACUUAAAAUCAUCCUUGCAGAUGAUAAUGUUCAUAAGCUUAAGGCGUGGAUCCUGCUUAACUUUUCCCAGGGAAAUUUCAAUGAAACUACCUAAGUAUAGAACUUGAGGUGUGUAAAGGUUUUCAUUAUCAGUUCCUAAGCAGCCAGGUUUUGCAGCAAAAUUCUAGGCAACAUAAACAGCAUGUUUUUAAUUGUGGGUACCAUUAUUUAAUUUUCUUUACUUGUUUCUUCUUCUUUAACUAACUGGUACCUUCAAAAACAUAUCAGUCAUACAAAAUUACUAUCUCAUUGACCCCAUAGUGUAUAUAGAAUUUAAUACCAUGUUUCUCUGAAUGUUUCUUCUGAUCCUUUGUUUUGUUGUUGUUUGGGGUUUUUUUGCAGACCCUAAUGCUUUCUGGUCACAAGUAUUUGCUGAUUUUUUUUUUUUAAUUAUUAUUUUAAGGCCCAGGCAUUUGAUAGUUCGCGUGGUCAUUUUGGGCUGUUUUUGGUUGGUUGGGUUUUGUUUUUAUUUUUUCCUGCUGUUCCCAAGACAUCAUCCUCUUCCUUUAAGUUUGUAUAUUGUAAAACAUCUUAGAAGUAUUACAGCCUUCUCAGCUGCAUUGAUAGGCACAGUCACUUAAUUGUUAUUCCAACCACUUUUUCUUUUUUCAGACCAACUACUCUCUUCCAUGAGAGAGAAUAUUAACGUUCUCUUUAUGAAGAGAAAUCACCAGCUUUUUUCCUGAUGUUUAUAAUAACCUGCCCUGAAAGAACUAUUCAGCUUUCAGUUUUCACAAAUGCAAUAACUGAUUUUCAGUUUUCACAAGUGCAAUAACUGAUCUUUGUGUAUGCCUCAUUACUUCCUGAGAACAAUCAUGCACAUAUAUGCAAGCUUGCUUCCACCUCAGUUUCCUCAGGAAAAACCAGUGAUCAGUGUUUUCCCACCGAUAAGACAUCACUUAAUGGACAAGCAAGGAGUAUAUGUGUCAUGUCCAUUAAUAAGCAAUUUCACAAUGCACUCUGACCUUGGAAAAAUUAUUCAAAGUUUGUUGGAUGAGUUUUGGAAGAAUCCUCCAGUUUUGGCUCCUAGCCCAACAUCAUUUCCAUACCUUUACAGUAAACCAGCUGGAAUGCCUCCUUAUGCUCCUCAGGGUUUUCCAUUUCUUCCUCCAUACCCACCACAAGAUACAAAUAGAUCUAUAGCUUCUGUGCCAGUUGCUGAAUCAGUUCCUUCAAGUUACGCUACAGACAAAUCUGCUGCUCCCUCGUAUGGCUUGAUUGCUGAUCUGCCUUUACCUGUUCCAACAACAGAAGGAUUACUGCAGGUUGGCCAGAAUGGGUUCAGUUACAAGAUGCCUGAUGUCCCUGAUACAUUUCCAGAACUCUCAGAACUAAGUAUAUCACAGUUGACAGAUAUGAAUGAACAAGAGGAUAUAUUGCUGGAACAGUUUGUGAAUCUACCCCAGCUGAAGCAAGUCCUUACUGAUAAGGAUGAGUUGGUGAAAAGCAUUGAAGAACUAGCAAAGAAAAACUUAUUAUUGGAGCCCAGCUUGGAAGCAAAAAGGCAAGCAGUGCUGGAUAAAUAUGAACAGCUUACACAGCUGAAAGCCACGUUUGAGAAGAAGAUGCAAAGGCAACAUGAGCUUAGUGAGAGUUGUAGUCCAAGUGCUUUGCAAGCCAGACUGAAAGUAGCAGCUCAUGAAGCAGAAGAGGAGUCUGACACUAUUGCUGAAGACUUUUUGGAAGGCAAAACAGAAAUAGAUGACUUUCUAAGCAUUUUCAUGGAAAAGAGAACACUUUUCCACUGUAGAAGAGCCAAAGAGGAGAAACUUCAACAGGCAAUAGCAAUGCACAGCCAAUUUCUUGCUCCACUAUAGAUUUUCCUGUAAAGUAGGCCUGUCAAGAGAAGAGUGAACCAACUCAGUAAAGCACACUUUCUAAUACCAAUUAUGUGCAAAUAAACAUUUCAUCAAAAUAGUUGCAUUUAUAGAACAGAUUGUAUACAGAGCUAGGACUGUUUUUGUAAAAAUAGAAUGUCUGUUUAUAUUCCCAUUUUAUUCAAGAAAUUCUUCUAUUGCAACCUUUGCACUAAUAUUUCUUGUAUUUAUUGUUAAUAGUCUCUAUUAUAUUUGAGUUCCUGCUGCUAUAUCCCAUUUUUCAGUGAUAUAAAUACCUAAACAUGUACUUCUGACUAGCUUUUUACAUUUUAUAAAACAUAAUUCAUAUUUUUUGUAUUUUGAACUUGAAACAUUAGUUUGGCUUGUUUAAGGGAGACUUUUGGAGUUGUUGGGAUUUGGGAAAUAAGAUGGGAAAGUCUUUAAGUCUUCAAGAUUUGUCAGUGAAGUACCACAUUGUCUGUCCUUGGAGCCAAAAAUGUUCAACAGUAGUUUAUUUAAAAUGGUUAUACCAAACUAAAUACUGCGUGCACUGUCUGGAUAUGAAUAUUGAGUUUAAGCAAAGAAUGCUUUGGAAGAAAUUAUAUUGGAAUCAAAAUAGAAUAAACAUUGUUUGUAGAUUUACUAUCCAUAUUA